AUGAAUGCUCAUCCAUCCAUCCUGCAUACAGGAUUUAAGGAGGAGGGUGUUAAAUAUAGAGUGAAAGGUCAGGUUACUAGUACACCUCUCAUUAGCAGAGAAAGACUGACGACAUUACAUGGAUGUGAUAAUCAAUAUAAUCAUGUUAAUCAAACAGACCAAGAAGUGGAAGAAGAAGAAGAAGAAGAAGAUAAUCUUCAAGAUGGAGUAGUAUCAAUGCCAAAAGAAAAAGAAAAAGAAAAAGAAAAUAAUAUCACUUGGAUAAAGAUUAUGAUGAUGAUGAUCAAUACGAUGAUGAUGAUGAUGGUUUCGAUGAUCAAUUUAUUCAAUCAACUAGUAGAUGGCAAAGAUUCAGCCAAUAUUAGUAUCAAAUUUAUCAUUUUUGUUUUAUUUAAUUUUGUUAAUCUAACAGUGAUUGGACAUGUCGGUAAGAAUGAGCUGGCAGCAGUGGCCCUUGGAAAUACAUGGCAAAUUGCAACUUCUGCAUUCACAUUGGGAGGACUGUCAGCAAUGGAUACACUUAUUAGUCAAGCCUAUGGUGCAAAACAAUUUCAAUUAAUUGGAAUUACUGUUCAACGAGCUUUUAUCAUUGUAAUCAUUAUUAAUAUUUUAGUUUCAAUUUUAUGGAGUAAUACUGAAAAUAUUUUAUUAUUGUGUAGACAAGAUAAGGAAAUAUCAGCAUUGGCUCAACAAUAUACCAUCUAUAUGAUACCAGGUCUAUGUUUUGGUUCAUUUAUAGGUGUUUUUCAAAAAUAUUUACAAGCUCAAGGUAUUAUGGCACCAGUCAUCAUAGUUGGUUUAAUUUCAAAUGUUUUAAAUGCAAUAUUAAAUUACAUAUUUGUUUAUGGAAUUGGAAUGAAACCAAUGGGAGUAGUGGGAUGUGCAUUGUCAACAAGUAUAUCAAAGGCGGUUGGAUUUUUUAUUUUAUUGGCUUGGAUUUUGAUAUUUAAAUUACAUCAAAGACCAAUUAAAACAUGGUAUGGGUUUACAUGGGAUACUUUCUCGUUAAAGGAUUUCAAAGAAUAUAUUGUACUUUGUAUACCGUCUGGUCUACAACUACUAUUUGAAACGUGGGGAUUUGAAGUCCUCACAAUCAUGGCUGGGUUGUUGAAUGCUGCAAGUUUGGAUGCACACUCUAUCACUAUGAACUUUAACCUCCUAAAUAUAAUGCUUCCCUAUUCCCUGUCGGUUGCAGUGUCUAUUCGAAUUGGACAAUUACUUGGAUCAGGUCACCCAGAACGUGCCCGUAAAUCAGCCAAAGUAUCCAUGUUUAUCAUUACCAUUAUUGUCAUACUAGGUGUUAUCUUUCAACUUGCAUCAAGGUAUCAAGUUGGAAAGGUCUAUUCUACAGAUCCUCAAGUUAUCGAACUAGUUGCCAACCUUGUUCCACUAUCUGCACUUUCCAAAGUAUUUGAUGGUUAUCAAGUAACAUGUCAAGGAAUGUUAAGAGGAGUUGGAAAGAAUUCAUUAGGAGCUAUAUUACAUUUUGGAUCAUUUUAUUUGGUUGGAUUGCCAUUGGCAGGAGUACUGACAUUUGUAAAUAUCAUUCCACCGAUUGAUCACACUGUGUUUGGAUUGUGGUGGGGAUUAAACGGAGGAUUUAUCUAUGUAGUUUGUCGAAUCGAUUGGUAUAAAGAAAUGAUCAAUGCAUUUGAAAGAACAGAUUCAAGUGUUUGUCCAACCAAUUUCAAUUCAGACUCAUUCAUUGGUGAUGACGAUAAAACAACAAACAACAUACAAGAUAUGAAUUUACUUGCCAAGGAAUCAAUUUUGGAAUAA